AUGCCUCCCGCCCAGGAUCCUGCCACGCUUCAGCUCGAGCUCGGCGCUGUCCCCCCCCCGGGCUCCCCCUACGGCGUUCCCGUCCCCGGUUCAGAGCGUCCCGGCCGCAGCGCCGUCUACAGAGGCUGGCGAUUCCGCGAUAGGGAGCUUCUGACCACCUUUGAUCCCAACGUGCGCUCCAUACACGACUUGUUCGAGGCUGCGGCUCUCAGGGUUCCCAACAGGCGAUGCAUGGGCACUCGUCAAUGGAACUCCGCCACCCAGACUUGGGGAGACAAGUUUGAGUGGGUCAACUACGCCGACGUUGCCGACCGGAGAAAGAACUUUGGCGCCGGCCUUGUCGAGAUCCACAAACGCAUCGGAUAUCCCAAGGACAAGUACGGCGUUGGUCUCUGGUCCCAGAACCGUCCCGAGUGGCACAUCGCCGAUCUCGCCGCCGCCUCCCAGUCGCUUUAUACCGUUUCGCUGUACGAGACCCUCGGGCCCGAUGCCACAGAGUACAUCAUCAACCAUGCCGAACUGCCCAGCGUCGUGUGCUCGCUUCCUCACAUUUCCAGGCUCAUCAAGCUUGCGCCGCGUAUCCCCUCCCUGAAGCUCAUCGUGUCCAUGGACCCCCUUGAGCACGGCGAGCUUCCUGGCCUGUCCAAGGCCGAUCUCCUAAGCGACCUUGCUGCUCAGCACGGCAUCAAGAUCUACUCCAUGACCGAGGUCGAGAAGAUUGGUGUCGAAUCUGGCCGUCCCGUGCGCCCCGCUGACUGGGAUGACAUUGUCACCAUCAACUACACCUCAGGCACCACUGGCCCUCCCAAGGGUGUUGUCCUCUCCCACGGAAAUGCUGUUUCCGCCAACGCCGCUGCUCGCCUGGGUGGUCUCGUCAAGGAGGGUGACGUUCACAUGUCAUACCUGCCACUGGCGCACAUCUAUGGUCGUCUCAUUGAUCACAUUGCGCUGUCUGAAGGUGCCGCCGUGGGCUUCUUCCGCGGCGAUGUUUUGGGUCUCGUCGACGACCUCAAGAUCCUCAAGCCCACAGGCUUCAUUUCCGUCCCACGACUGUUUAACCGAUUCAACUCGGCCAUUCGCACCGCCACGGUGGAGGCUGACGGCUUCAAGGGCGCUCUUUCAAGGCACGUCGUCAACUCCAAAAAAGCUGCCAUGAAGGCUGCUCCCGUUCAGGCCUCCAACACCCACUUCUUCUGGGACAGAAUCUGGACCCGCAAGGUCAGAGCUGCCGUUGGUCUCGAUAACGCCCACACCAUGAUCAGCGGAAGCGCUCAGCUCGACCCCGAUGUUCAGGAGUUCCUGCGCGCCGCUUUCGCCAACACAUUCCAGCAGGGCUGGGGCAUGACCGAGACAUAUGCCACCGGCACUCUUCAGAUGAACGGGGACUUCUCUACCGGCAACGUUGGCCCCCCAAUGGGUGACGUCGAGCUGUGCCUCGAGUCCGUCCCCGAGUUUGAUUAUACUGUCGACGAUAAGCCCAAUCCCCGCGGUGAAGUGCUCAUCAGAGGCCCAGCCAUCUUCAAGGAGUACUAUAAGAACGAGGAGGAGACCAAGAAGGUGCUCGAGGCUGAUGGCUGGUUCCACACGGGCGACAUCUGCGAGAUUGACAAGCUUGGCCGCUUUAAAAUUAUCGAUCGCAAGAAGAACGUCUUGAAGCUGUCUCAGGGCGAAUACAUUUCCCCUGAGCGUAUCGAGAACGUCUACGCUGCCAACACCAACCUCAUCAACAUGGGCUACGUCCACGGCGAUGCCAAGGAAUCUGUGCUCGUUGCCAUCUUUGGCGUCGACCCUGAGAACUUCCCUACUUGGGCCUCCAAGGUCCUGGGCCGCACCGUUUCCAGUGACCCCAGUGACAUGCGAGCCGCCGCCAAGGAGUCCAAGAUCAGGCAAGCCUUUCUCAAGAUUCUCGACAACAUUGGCCGCAAGCACAAGUUCAACAGUUUUGAGAAGGUCAGGGGCAUCUACCUGGAUGUUGAGCCCUUUACUAUCGACAACGAGCUCCUCACCCCGACCCUCAAACUCAAGAGACCCCAAGCUGCCAAGAAAUACCGCGCCGAAAUCGACGCCAUGUACGCUGAAAUUAACAACGCCCAAGCUGCUGGCUCGGCGAAGCUGUAG